AUGGUUCGUUCAAACGUUAUUGCCACUUCUGACAAUACGACAAGCGAAACAUCAAUUCUGCAGUUACAAACAAUACUCAAUACGAGCACCAAUAGCAAAGAAGAGAAGAGACCAUACUUGCCAACCGGAGAAGUCACCAUAAUGGAUCCUGAGACAAAAUCGUUGUCGAAGCUGCACACCUUCGGUUCACAAGAUACCAAAGAACGGAGAUGCAAACUCGUCAGAAUGGAAGUAUGGGAUGAGGAAGGAACUCCUCAUUUACUUCAACUGUUAACUCACGGCAUUUUGACUCGUGCAUUCAAGCCACCACAGAUACGAACAGAAGACCUCGACUUCAUGCGCAACCGUAAUAUCAAGAUAUCAAGGAGAACUGAUAAAAAGGACAUCAAACCCUUUGUUCUUUUAGGAUGCGAUCACCUAUGGAACUUCAUGAGAAGUGAUACUGCUCCAAUACCAUUGCCUUCAGGCCUACAUUUACUACCUACAAAAUUGGGAUACCUUAUUUCGGGAAAACGUCAAAAAGAGAAUCCAGCGGUAUUACAAGUUUCUCGAGACUCUGAAGAAUUCGAUGAAUGGGACCGCAAUUGGUCAAUGGAUGUCGCUCAAGUCCUCACAAUCUCCACAUCUGAGCAAGAAAUCAUCGAAGAUGAAAAAGAUCAGUGGGAAAAGUUCUGGUCUAUGGAUGCAGCCGGUACGGAAGAAUUCGCCAGCACCGAGAAAACGGCUCGUGCUAAGAUGGACAAGAUUGUUUGGGACCGAUUCAAUGAAACCAUCGAACGAAGGGUAGACGGAUAUUACGUUACUCUUCCUUGGAAAGAUCAACACCCGCAUUUGCCAGACAAUAAAGCGAUAGCCUACAGACGCUUAGUUAGCAUGUGGAAUUCGCUGAGUAAGGACGAGCAGCUCUUGGAUAAAUACAAUAGCGUAUUCAAAGACUAA